AUGGAGAGCCGCGAUCGCCGCUUGACCUCACAAAUUCCCCUGGACGCCAAAGUGCUUCACAAACUCAGCCCUGCUUUGCUAGAUAUCUCCUCCCUGCCCUCGUCGAAUGGGUUCGAGCCAUCCACGACAAGCAGUCUUUCGGCAACUAUCCAGCGGCUUAACCAAGCAAUAGUCCAGAGCGAUGUUGUCUGGCAGCUUGGCUCUACGGUUAUACUCGGUCUCAGCUCAGAGAUAGUCAUGAAAUCUGGCUUUGGCCUCGACAUCGAGCACAUCUCGACCAUGAACUAUAUCAAGGACCGAGUCCCCCAACUCCGCGCACCUGAUAUACAUGGCGUGCUUCAGGCUGGGCAGCGUUGUUUUGUGUUUAUGACCCGGGUUGAAGGCGAACCUCUUGAUCGAGUCUGGAAGUCGCUGAACAGGUCCCAGAAAGACUCUAUCAAGGAGCAGCUAGAGCCCAUGUUUUCUGGCAUCAGAUCAAUACCAGCAUCUCCAUCUUCAGCGGCAGACGCCAUCCUUGGUGGCGGCACUCCGAGAAGAUGCAAAGAUGCAAGGAGGGAGAUACGGGUUGCAGAGCGCUCCAUCGCCAAUGAGGCCGAGUUCAAUCAAUUUCUUACCACAGACCCAAGGCGUACGGAAACAGGGUGGGUGAAAAUGAUUCGUUCAUUUCUCCUCUCUGACUAUGAAAUGGUUAUGACCCACGGCGACAUUCACCCUCGGAAUAUCAUGGUUUCUAAAAGGUGCAAGGCGCCCCCGUCGGAUCCAGUUACGGACUGGGUUGAAGUUACUGGCGUGAUUGAUUGGGAAAUGUGUGGCUAUUACCCCAGUUACUGGGAGUAUGUGAAAGCUCUACAUACAGUUGGGCCUAAAAGUGAGUUCAACGACUGGUGGUCUUUCCUGCCAGCUUCAAUUGGUGUAUGGCCCAAGGAGUACGCCGUUGACCAGCUGUUAAGUCGUUGGUGGGGAUAG